ACAAUUUGCAGCUGUAUUCGAACGAUAAACAUUAACGCCAGCAUAUCAGUAAUUAAUCCAAUAAAAUGAAGUUCCUUUUCGCCUUCUUUCUCAUCGUAGCUGUAACUUCCGUCGAAGUUUACGCGCAAUGCGAUGACAACAAGUGUAACUCCGGCUGCAGAAGUCAAGGAAAUAUCAUAGGAGUAUGCAGAAAAGAUGACUCCUGUCUAUGUGUGGCAGCUCCGCCGAAAUGCGAUUCCAACGAGUGCGACUCCGGCUGCAAAAGCCGUGGAAAUAUUCUGGGAAGAUGCAAUGGAGAUUAUCUCUGCGAGUGUGCUCCAAAAUGCGAUUCCAACGAGUGUGACUCAGGCUGCAAAAGCCGUGGAAAUGCUCUGGGAAGAUGCAAGGGAGAUUCUCUCUGCGAAUGUGUUGCAGCUCCAAAAUGCGAUUCCAACGAGUGCGACUCAGGCUGUAAAAGCCGUGGAAACAGUUUCGGACGAUGUAAGACCGAUACUCUCUGCGAAUGCGUUGUUGUUGUCCAAGGUUAGAAGCGAAGUCAGGAAUCGAAUCCGGAGUCGAGUUAAGAGUCUGAAGUACAACUACUACGAUCCUUUUUCCUAUUGAUGAUGAAAAUAAAGUGUAAUAUUCAUCCAUAA